CAUUCAUAGCCUGACUGGGAUGAAGUCUAGACUUCAACACACUUUUAAGCGCUUCGACAAUCUUUUUGACGAGAUACUGAGAGAACAUUUGAAUGAAAGCAGAGCUAUGGAGGGGCAGAAGGACAUUGUGGAUGUUUUGAUCGAUAUCGAGAAGAAUGGUUACGGUGACAUGCCCCUUACAAGAGCCAACGUUAAAGCCCUCUUCUUGGAUUUUUUGCAGCAGGAACAGGUACAACAUUCAUCACUCUUGACUGGGCAAUGACAGAGCUUGUCAUGAACCCUAAAGCCAUCAAAAGAGCACAAGCCGAACUGCGAAGCGUCGUGGGAGAGAGCAAAUACGUGCAAGAGACUGACCUACCUCAAUUACCAUACUUGAAGGCUAUCAUCAAGGAGGUAUUCCGACUGCAUCCUCCUGCUCCUGUGUUACUCCCAAGAGAAUCCAUGGAGGACGUAAUAAUUGAUGGAUACUGCAUUCCGGCAAAAACGCGUUUCUUUGUUAACGCUUGGUCAAUAGGGCGUGAUCCACAAUCCUGGGUUGAUCCUGAAGCAUUUCUACCAGAAAGGUUUUUGGAUAGCACCAUCGACUUCAAGGGACAGGACUUCGAGCUGAUACCAUUUGGCGCAGGUCGAAGAAGCUGCCCCGCUAUCACAUUUGGAAAUGCCAGUGUUGAGAUUGCUUUAGCUCAACUUCUUCACAGUUUCGAUUGGCAACUUCCUCCUGGUGUCCACCCAAAAGAUUUGGAUAUGGAAGAAGCUUUUGGCAUCACAAUGCAUAGGAUCGAAAACCUUGUUGUCGUCGCCAAACCCUGCUUCUCCUAGACACAGGUGAACAACAAAGCACGCUGAAAAUCUCCUCUUGGACUUGGUUUGAUUAUC